AGUGACAUUGAACAAUCACGGUAUAAAUUGAAUGGUGUACUGCCACCAUGAAACCAAUUUAGACACUGCGAAUUUCAAAACGACUUAGUAAACCAUGUUGAGGUUUAGAAGACCUCCACUUCUUUACUUAACAAACUCAGUAAACAGAACAAAAUCAGAACACUUCGCUUCUGUUUCAUCACAAGCCCAUCUCAAUCUCACACAACACCAGCAAGAUAAACAAAAACAACUUUUCACUCUCUUACAAGACCACACAACAAACCUCGUUACCAUCAAACAAGUUCACUCUCAUUUACUCACCACCAACUCUCUAUUACAGGACUCUACCCUCCUCUUCAACACUCUUCUUCGUUGCUACUCCCUCUCUGAGGCUCCUCGACAAACUUUCUUGCUAUACAAGCAACUUCAACAAAUGUAUAUACAUUCUAACCAUUCAUGCCCACCCUUAUUUGAUAGCUUCACUUACUUUUCCCUUAUCAAAACUUGUCUUAUUUUAAGCUUUCCGAAUAUGGGUAUGCAGCUUCAUGCUGUUAUAAUUAGAGUGGGUUAUGAAUCUCAUGUGUAUGUGAACACUGCUUUGGUUAACAUGUAUGUUUCGUUAGGUUUUUUGGUGGCUGGUACUAAACUGUUCGAUGAAAUGCCUGAAAGGAAUUUAGUUACUUGGAAUGUAAUGAUCACUGGUUUAAUAAAAUGGGGUGAGUUGGAGCUUGCACGUUCGCUCUUUGAAGAGAUGCCUUGUAGGAGUGUUGUGUCAUGGACCGGGAUAAUAGAUGGGUACACUAGAAUGAAUCGGUAUGGUGAGGCUCUAGCUUUGUUUCGAAGGAUGGUUGUGUGUGAAUUUAUUGAACCUAGUGAGAUAACUAUUCUGGCUAUUUUACCGGCUGUUUGGAAAAAUGGGGAUAUUAAGAGCUGUCAAUUGGUUCAUGGGUAUGGAGUGAAAAGAGGGGUUUUUUCAUUUGAUAUACGUGUUGCAAAUUGUUUGAUAGAUACUUAUGCUAAAUGUGGAUGCAUUGCAAGUGCAUCAAGAUUCUUUGAGGAGAUAGCUGCCGAGAGGAAAAAUCUGGUUUCCUGGACAUCUAUAAUAUCUGGAUUUGCAAUGCAUGGGAUGGGCAAAGAAGCGGUGAAAGAAUUUGAAAGGAUGGAGAAAGUUGGUUUGAAGCCUAAUAGAGUGACGUUCUUGAGUGUUUUGAGUGCUUGUAGUCAUGGAGGAUUAGUUGAGGAGGGGCUCAGGUUUUUUGAUAAGAUGGUUAAGGAGUGUCAAGUUGCACCAAACAUUAAGCAUUAUGGGUGCUUAGUAGACAUGUUGGGAAGAGCGGGGAGGUUAGAGGAAGCAGAGAAGAUUGCUUUGGAGAUACCUAGUGAGAUGGCUAAUGUGAUAAUUUGGAGGACUCUUUUAGGUUCUUGUAGCUUCCAUGGUAAUGCUGAGAUGGGUGAGAGAGUGACAAGGAAGAUAUUGGAGAUGGAGAGAGGAUAUGGAGGGGAUUAUGUGCUUAUGUAUAAUAUUCUUGCUGGGGUUGGAAGAUUUGGGGAUGCGGAGAGGUUGAGAAGUGUGAUGGAUGUGAGGAAUGCCUUCAAACUUCCUGGGCAUAGCAUGAUAUAGCUGAUAGUGAAAAUGAAUGAUGAUGGUCUGGUCAGGCUGGGUCUUACCCUCGUGUGCUCUAGAGUUUAAACAAGAGCAGGCCAGGAUCACUUUAAACAAGCUUCCAUAGGGGAAUCCUAAAGCUGUCUUAUUUCAGAAUGCUGCCUUGUUACACAUUUACUUUUCGACUAUGCUACAAACCUCUGUGCCUAAUUGAUGAAAGGAUUCAUUUCUUCCAAGAACGCAUGAGGUUGUGAUGUGUGGUACAAGCUUCCUAGGUGUUCACUGCCUUGUCCCAGUGCCAGUGAAAUUCUGGAAAAACAAGGCUUUCUCUUCAUGCAUUGCCAAAAAUGGGUUGACAGAACUUGGUUGAAGUAAUUGGCAUUUUUCAUUCUUCCAGAGUUGAGAUCGUACUGAAAUUUUUUCAGCACAUCAGAUAUGUAUAAGCUUCUUUCAUUUCAAUAUCUGCCUACUGUAUUUUUCAUUGGAACUGAAUAUAUUUAUGCUUUUGCUUAUUUCAAUUACAAAACAUUUGCCAUAAGUAAUCCCUUCCUCA